AUGGCCCCUGCAGAGCCUGCUGGACUCCACAGCCUAGGUCAGGUGCUCCGCUUGGAUGCUGCUGUGCUGUGCAUUCUUCUCCUUCAUAGCCUCUACCUCCUGCCUGUGCUCAGCUGUCUCUGCCAACAAAGCCUCUGCAGCGAGUGCCUCCAGCUGCCGCCAGGGGUCGCGGUCGAGCAGCCGGCGCCGCCGCUGCGCAGGAGAGCAGGGGCCCUGGCCGGGAAUCGCAAGCAGGUCUCCUGUGCACACCAGCGCGCAGCGUUAAUCAGGCCGCAGCCUCUGCAGUGCUUUCCAAGGGGAGAGGCAGACGUGGCUCGCGUGGAACUUAAGGAGAAGGCGCAGGCGCUGCAGGAGGAGGGCGGCUACCUGCGGCGCCACCACCAGGAGGAGGUGGGCGAGCUGCUCGGCCAGAUCCAGGGCUGUGGCGCCGCGCAGGCGCAGGUACAGGCCGAGGCACGCGACGCCCUCAAGUGCGACGUGACGUCGGCGCUGCGCGACAUCCGCGCGCAGCUUGAAGGCCACGCGGUGCAGAGCACGCUGCAGUCCGAGGAGUGGUUCCGAGUGAGGCUGGACCGACUGUCAGAGGCAGCCAAGGUGAAUACAGACGCCAUGCGCUCAGCGCAGGAGGAGAUAACUGAGUACCGGCGUCAGCUGCAGGCCAGAACUACAGAGCUGGAGGCACUGAAGAGCACCAAGGACUGCCGUCGAGGCAGCGCUCCGAGCUGGAGGGCCGACAUUGCCUCCUACCAGGAAGCCAUUCAGCAGCUGGACGCUGAGCUGAGGAACACCAAGUGGGAGAUGGCAGCCCAGCUGUGAGACUACCAGGACCUGCUCAAUGUCAAGAUGGCUUUGGAUAUAGAGAUAGCCACUUACAGAAAACUCCUGGAAGGUGAAGAGUGUCGGAUUGGCUUUGGCCCAGUUCCUUUCUCACUUUCAGAAGGACUCCCCAAAAUUCCCUCCGUGUCCACUCACAUAAAGGUCAAAAGUGAAGAGAAGAUCAAGGUGGUAGAGAAGUCUGAGAAAGAAACUGUGAUUAUGGAGGAACAGACGGAGGAGACCCAAGUGACUGAAGAAGAGGAGAAAGAGGCCAAAGAGGAGGAGGACAAGGAGGAAGAAGGGGCUGAAGAGGAGGAGGCAGAACGAGAAGAAAUAAAGUCUCCCCCAGCAGAAGAUGCCGCAUCCCCAGCGAAGGAAGAGGCACAGUCACCAGUGGAGGCCAAGUCCCCAGAGAAAGAGGAAGCAAAAUCUCCAGCUGAGGUCAAGUCCCCCGAGAAGUCCAAGUCCUCAGCAAAAGAAGAGGCAAAGUCACCAGUAGAGGCCAAGUCUCCAGAGAAGGCCAAAUCCCAAGCAAAGGAAUAAGCAAAAUCUCUAGCUGAGGUUAAGUCCCCUGAAAAGGCUAAGUCCUCAGUGAAGGAGGAAGCAAAGUCCCCUGAGAAGGCCAAGACUCUUGAUGUGAAGUCUCCAGAAGCCAAGACCGCAGCAAAGGAGGAAGCAAAGUCCCCUGCAGACAAAUCCCCCGAAAAGGCCAAAAGCCCCGUCAAGGAGGAGGUCAAGCACCCAGAGAAGGCAAAGUCUCCCCUGAAGGAGGAUGCCAAGGCCCCUGAGAAGGAGAUCCCAAAGAAGGCAGAAGAAGAGAAAGCUCCCACCACACCAAAAAUGGAGAAGGGCAGCAAGAAAGAGGAGGCACCCAAGAAGGAGUCUGCAAAGCCUGAGGUGGAGAAGAAGGAACCUGCUAUUGAAAAGCCCAAAGAAUCCAAAGUUGAAGCCAAAAAGGAAGAGGCUGAAGAUAAGAAAAAGGCAGCCACCCCAGAGAAGGAGGCUCCUGCCAAGGCGGCAGUGAAGGAAGACGCUAAACCCAAAGAGAAGACAGAGGUGGCCAAGAAGGAACCAGAUGAUGCCAAGGCCAAGGAACCCAGCAAACCAGCAGAGAAGGAGGCAGCUGCGGCAGCACUGGAGAGAAAAGACAGCAAGGAGGAGAAGGCCACUGAGGCCAAGAAGCCUGACGAAAAACCCAAGACAGAGGCCAAAGCCAAGGAGGACGACAAGACCCUCUCAAAGGAGCCCAGAAAACUGAAGGCGGAAAAGGCUGAAAAAUCCCCCAGCACAGACCAAAAAGACAGCAGGCCUCCAGAGAAGGCCACAGAAGACAAAGCCGCGAAGGGGAAGUAAGGCAGGGAGGAAG